AUGGCCGCUCCGGUCGGGUCCCUGCAGAUUCUGCAAAACAUCGUUUGGCGACCGGACUCGCCGCCAGAGGUGGACGCCAGGUACCGCGGCGACCGCCCCCCGGCCCCCGGCGGUGAGCCCGACUACUUCCGCGUCUGGAUGUGGAACCUCACCAACCUGCAAGCAGUGAGGGGGGGCGCGAAACCCAAUAUGGUGGAGGUGGGUCCCCUGACGUACGUCAAAUCUCGUGUACGACUGGAUCCGCGCUGGGACCGGAACGGCCGUGUAGCAGUGAAGGAAUGGGAUUAUCACGUAUUCGUACCGGAGCUCUCCGCCGCCAGCCCCGAUGACGUCAUCGUAACGCUCAAUCUGCCGCUGUUGGGCGUACUGGAAGUGCUGCACUCGUACAGCAUAUCCACACCGGGUGUACGGCCGCUGCUUGACGUACUGGUGGGCGUGUUAUCAGCCUGGCGGGACAGCCACGUGGAUGGGCUGUUCACGAAGCGUACGGCACAAGAGCUGCUCUGGGGGUACGAGGACCCCCUCCUGCAGCGUCUGUCCGUGUUGUUGGGCCCCGCGUACCUCCCCCCGGGGGGCAGCUGGGUGGCGCUGCUGAGGAACCUCACCGAGCAGGAGGUCCGUACGAACAAGAUGGAAAUGGAAUCGGGGUGGUCGGCGGUGUCCUCCUGGGGGCCCAACUGUACGGAAUAUGUACGGGGUACGGAUGCAUUCCAGUUCCGGCCAGGCCUGGAUCGAACCUCCGUACUGCGGGUUUGGAUCGCGGAACUCUUCAGAUCCGCUGAGCUUGUGCACGUGGCGGAUGAGGAGCUGUACGGCAUCCAACUGUUGCGGUUUAUACCGGAAACCCGGGAGGCCGAGCCCGACCCCUGCCACCACCAGCUCAUCCGCGCCCUAGCCAAUGUUACCGUACCGAUGCCGUUGGGUCCCGGGGGUAACGGCAGUUCCGAAACAGCGCACGGAGUUCCCAUCCUCAUGUCGUUGCCCCACUACUGCCUGGUGGAUGAGUGGGUGUCUGCCGCACUGACCGGCAUGUCGUGUGACCCGCUACGUCACGGCAUCUUUCUGGAUGUGGAGCCCACCACCGGCAUCACCAUGCGAGCAGCCAAGCGGUUGCAGCUCUCCUCCCAGAUAACCACCUCAGCGAGAAUGACCCUGGAGCCAACCAUAACCACUUCCAUCAUACUGCCGAUAUUUUGGGCGGAGGAGGCCUCCCGAAUUUCCCCGUCCCAGGCAGCGGCCUUCCGCUCCACAGUGUACAGAGCACAGCGGAUCGCGGCAGCUACGCGCCGCUGGUCGUACCCCGCCGCUGGGUUGACGGCGGUGCUGGCGGCGGCUGCGGUGCUGGCGGCGAGCUUGGCGUCGCCGUCACGCCGGCGGCGAGCUCCUCUGCAUCUCCUCCGGCGGACGGGCGGCAACGGCGAGGCCGGCGGUGACGUGAACGGCGGCACCGCCGACGGCACCUCCGCCGCCACGGCUGCGGCCGCCGCGGCGGCAACGGUUCCGUCGGGUCCCGGGCCAGUCAGCGAUAGUGCCGCCCCUCGCAGCCAGUGUCCGUACUGCACUGUCCGUACGGCAGCUCCGGACGAGCCGAAUAGGGUAAUGAUGGAGGCGGAGGAGGACUGA